CUCUCUAGUCCCUCCAGCCGCUGCCCCCUCCACCCUGCCUGCAGCCUCCUCCCCCUCGUCGCCUCCGUUCCCGCGAUUAAAUCGCAAUCCAAAACCCCCCUCCGGAACUCCAGCCCCCGCCGCCCCGCCUCUCCCUGCCAUGUCGCCGGCCGCUGGAGGCGCCGCGCCCACGCAACCGGCGGCCACCGCCGGACUGGCGCCGGCGGCGAUCGCCGCGCCGCCCCAGGCCCCGUCGCGGGAGAACCCGCGCGAUCCGGCCGCGCAGGCGGAAGGGGCCGAUCCCGGCAAUGCGGCGGCGAGGAAGACGGCGUGGAACGUGCCGCCGCCGCCCCCGGCCCCCGUCGGCGGCAUCAUGGGCGGCGACGAGUCCUGGCCGGCGCUCGCGGACGCGGCCGCGCGGGCCUGGCCCAAGUCCUCCUCGUCGGACUCCCUCAAGUCCCUCUCCGACGGCUCCGCCCCCUCCCCGCCGGAGGAUCCGAUUGUGCCACUGGUGCCACCGCAGCCGCAGCUACAACCAGUUUCUACUCCGAUAUCCGCUGCCUCAAGUCCAGGCCCUGCCUCUACCUCUCCUCCUCCUAGUGCCAGUGCCACCACCACGGCCUCGUCGCCGCAGAACGGCAGCACUAGCCAGCCAAUUUUAGUUCGGCAUGGUGGUGGUAACGGUGGUAACAAUGGAGGGGGCGGCGAUGGCAAUGUGAGCACUCAUAGCCAGAGCACCGGUAAUUAUAGCAGUGACGGGAACAGCAGUAGUGGUGGUGAUGGUAACUGGAAUGAUGGGGGUCUUAGUGGUGGCAACAACUUGAAUUCUAGUGUUCAUAGCGGCGCCAUUGGUGGCAGAGGUAUUGACAAUAGUAGGAGAGUGUUCGGUAGUAACAAUUGGAAUGGCAACGGUCGUGGUGGUGGCAGCUACAACAAUGCCACCGGCAGCGGUGAUGGGGGCAACAGAUAUAACGGCGGUAGUGGCAGCGGCCACUGGAACAAUAAUGCCCGACAUGGUAGUGGUAAUAGCAAUGGCUUUGGUGGUCGUGGCGGUCGGAAUCGCCGUGACCAUGAAAGAGGGAGUAAUUUCUCACCAAGGGGCUAUUCCCGUACAUUGCCAGUGCAGCAGCAGCAGCCGGGCUACUACCAGCCUGGUCCAUUUCAACGACCACCACCGCCAUCACCUGCUGCUGCCCAUUUCAUGGUGCCACAACCUUUUGUGCCGUACGUUCAACCCAUUCCGUAUCCUGCUGAUUUACAAGCCUCCUAUCCUUACUAUGUCACACAAGUUGAGCAGCAGUUUCAAAACAUGCAUCUUAUCCGGCCGCCAAUGCAGCCAUUGGCGUUUCAGCAAGAUCAAAUUAAUCUCCAACGUGACAUUCAGCUGCAGAUCGAGCAUUAUUUUAGCACUAAUAAUCUUUGCCACGACACAUACUUGAGGGAACGUAUGGAUGAUCAAGGAUGGGUGCCUAUUGACCUAAUCGCUUCAUUUCCUAUGUUGACCAGGUUCACAAUGUUGGGAAUAGAUACCAACUAUAUACUAGAUUCUAUCCGGGGCUCUGAGUUGUUGGAAGUGCAGGGAAAUAAUGUCCGAAGACGCAAUGAUUGGGCGGCAUGGUUACUCCACCGAGGCCCACCACCUUCAAAUUAGGUCCAGUGCCGAAACAAAACUGCUUGUUAUUGCCGGAGAAUCGAUUGGAAGGGAUCGUCUGUUUGAUCACGGGCAGGAUAUCCCGUGAUAGAUGGACCAUGUAUGUACAGCGGGGUUACAUUUCCAGAGUCGGACGAUUUUGUUUGUCUAGGUCGGACAUGAUGGCUGCACUUGAAAAGCGCAUUACAAAAGCAGUAAGGGGGCAAACACAGCAAUAAAUAGGAAAUAAAUCCCAGAAGUGCAAAUCCUUUUUUCUUUUGGCUGUAUAGUUUUGUCUGAAAAGAAAUUGUCGUCCCUUGUUGCCAUGGAUGAUGCGUCCUGUGGAGUGUUGUGGAUGAUAUAUGGGGUUUAUCUCACAGGAUUUCCCUGCUGUAUUAAAUUUUGGUGCAUACACCAGUCUGUUCUUUUGUA